AUGAUAGCGCCUAAAAGCUCAUGCUUGGAGCUGUCGCUGGCGGUGCAGCGUGAGCGCAGCGACGAGGAGGAGGAGGUGGCGCCGCUCUCGGCGCUGCUGCACGAACAGGGACUCUUCACGGCCGGCAUGUUGAACCCGUUUAUAUUCACCUACGGCGAGAGAUACCUCAUCUCCGCAUUCCAGGAAGAGGUGCUGUCCCUGCCACCCCCAUACGAGACAAUGUGCAGCCAGUACGACAGCAAGAGCGGCGAGUACAGCUACGCAGACGGCGUCGUCCAGUCCGAGGAGUGCAGCAGCAAGUGCAUUGCGGACAACUGGCAACAACACUGUAGCUGCUUCUCCAAGCUGUACUCGGUGAAACACAGGCGCCACGGCCCUAUCUGCGAGUACAUCGAUCACCGCAGCAGCCAGGAGGUCUUGGGCUUCGGCGGCGUUUCAGCCAUCCUGAUGAGUCGGACUUUCACUUCCGCAUCGGAGCUGAGAAGCGCGGUCUCCCACUGCUCCAGAGACCUGGUUUCUAAAGACGACUGA